CGUCCCCGAUCCCGAUCUCCGGCCGACGCCAUGGCCGCCGCCGCAGGCAUCGCGGCGGUAGUAGGGGUGCUCGUCCUCCUCGUCGCCGGGGUCUCGGGCGCGCGCCUCCCGGCCCGCGGCGCCGCCGUCCGCGGACCGGCGUUGCCGCGCGGGGGAGCGCCGGCCACCGCGGUGUUCGCGCUGGGCAGCUUCUGGAGGUCGGAGGCGGCUUUUGGCUGCCUUCCCGGCGUGAUCCGCACCUCCGUUGGUUAUGCUGGCGGCUCCAAGGCCAAACCCGAGUACCGCAACCUCGCCGACCACGCCGAGUGCGUCAAGGUCGAGUAUGAUCCCCGGUUGAUUCACUACAAGCAGCUUUUGGACGUGUUUUGGGCAAGUCAUGAUCCACGGGAGGUGUUUGGGCAAGGGCCAGAUGUUGGCAACCAGUACAGAUCUGUCAUCUUCACUAAUGGAACCAUUGAGGCCGGAUUGGCUGCUCUUAGCAAAGAAAAAGAACAAGCUAAAGAUCGCAGCAGCGUUAUUACCACACAGAUCCAACCAUUGGGGGCGUUUCAUCCUGCUGAACCAGAACAUCAGAAAUUUGAACUGAAGCGCAAGCCGUUCCUCCUGCAAUUGAUUGGGAAUUUGCCAGAGGAGGAGCUCCUGACAUCAACACUAGCUGCAAAGCUGAAUGCAUAUGCUGCUGAGCUCUGCCCUGCGAAUACCCAAAAGAGAAUUAGCUCCAAGAUUGAUGAGAUUGCAAAGAAAGGAUGGCCCAUCUUAAGGGAAAUUUAGUUGAUACUAGAUCCUGGACUCAAAUCGCUUGUUGCAACACAAGAGAGGUGCAUGAUUUUGCAGAAAACAAUUUUAGGAAUAUUUCUUCUGUGCACCAUUGCCAUGAUGGCCUCAGUCAUCCAUUCUUCACUUUGCUCACAAAGAUUAUAUAGUUGUGCAUAGCAUGUGCAUUGAAAUUGUGACUAUAGAAGCUGUUUGUGUUACCCCAUUUGUAACCCAAAUUCAUGGUCCAAGCUUACUGAACCGACAGUAGUUGUCCGUUGUAAUUUUGGUUGUUCAUUUGUGAAAAUAUAGAUAUUUCGUUCUUAUUCA